UUGUUUAUUUUUUUUGUCUUGUUUUCUAUGUUUGCUGUUUCUUAGCUGUAGAUUACUGACUUACCAUCUCUUACAGUGUUGUUUUGUCGACUAUAUCACACUUCAAAAUGUCCUCACAGAUCAAGAACGAUCCCGAGAGGGUCAUCUCACUUUCCCAGUCUGCUUUGCAAAAUGUGGACCAAACGUCCCAACCUAGACACACUCCCCUUGUUCACGACAUCUCCAACUUGACCUCCAGAGCACUCCAGGAUGAUGAUAUGUCCAGCCAGGACAACUUUUCUUUGUGCUCAAGUUCUCACAAUGGCCAUGGAACUCCCAAUGACAUGAAGCCCUGGGUUUUGAAUGAUGCAGAUGCCCUUGAGAAUGCCAUGUCAAAUAAGCCCGAAUCACCAGAGGUCCAGAUGCUUUCCUUUUCUUUCUCUCAACAACUCUUGCCUUCCACCGUGGGACCCAGCGAGGUCAUGUACCACACAGACUUCCCAUCUGUUCAGGAUAUGAAUGACCACAAUGAUUUGGAUUUCUCGCACGCACAGGAUUUCCACCAUUACUCUGCCUUUGUGGAUUUUGCUGCGUUUGAAAAUGAUGCAUGUGCCCAACCUGGAACCCAAUCUUGCACUCCUGAUGAUGCACACUCCAUCGGACACAGCUCUCACACCGACGACAGCCAAUUCGCAUGGAACUCCAUGAUGGACAACCGGAACUACCAAGGAUCAGCCCUGGACCAACUUCAAUCAAACAUUUUCCGCACCGUACCUGUUUCCCCUCCCUUGACUGAAGCUAGCAAUGAUGUUUCUGUUACUUCUUCUUGCUCCAACUCUGGAUACCCUUCUUUUAUGUCUCAUGAUGAUGCCAUGUUAAAAGACGUAACAACGCCAAUUGGCAACCAGAGCAUCAACCUAGGAGAUCCUUUGUUCCCUCUCACUCCCCCUCUCAGUGAGCAGGACCCGAACAGAACCAUCAGAGCUUCCAAGCAUUCCCGCAGACCUGCUUUGCAGACUACCCCUCCCCAGUCUCAGGUGAAGCCAGACCAGGAAUUCUUCCCGCCCCUGCCUGUCAGGGAGCCUCUGCGCCAGAGAUCCAAAGAGAGCUCUGAAUUGCGGAACCCCAGGGACCACCCCUACUACUCUCUGCCCACCAACAGUGAUGGAAAGUACUACUGCCCAUUUGCCCAUGGAGACAAGCCCUGCAACCACCCCCCUACCACCCAGAAAUGUGCCUAUCACAAAUACUUGGAUUCCCACUUGAAGCCCUACAGAUGCAAGGUCCCUGCCUGCAUGGAUGCUCAGCUGCAAUUUUCUUCCAAUGCUUGUCUUUUCCGUCACGAGCGCGAAGCUCAUGGAUUCCACGGACAUGGAGACAACCCACAUCUUUGCCUCUUUGAUGGAUGCGACAGAUCCGUUCCUGGUUAUGGAUUUCCCCGCAGAUGGAACCUCUAUGACCACAUGAGACGAGUUCACGACUACGCCUCCUCUGAGCGCCCUAGCUCUCCGGAGAACUCCCCCUCUACUGCCCAGGCUUCCAAGAGAAAGGAGACUGCCGGACGCAAGAGACGCGUGACUGGCACUUCUGGAGCACAGACAAUGAAGCGAACUCGCUCGACACAGGCUCAGGUGAACCCUCUGAAGGCUGCCCACCAUGCCUCGGCCCACCAUGGACAAAGACUUCAGAACGCGGAACGCAAUUACUACAAUUGCCGCUCGCGUUUGCUCGAGGAGCUCACCAGCCUUACCCCCCAGGACUCACCCAAGCAUGAGAAGGUUAAUGCCAGCCUUCAGGAGUUGAUGACACUCGGAUUGAACUACCGCCACAUUGAGGCUAGCCAGACCGCAGCUCAGAUGGCUAAUGGUCUGCCAGCUUGAAUACAAUCGCUACGGUGAUUGCAAUUAUGUUUCUUUCUAUCUUUCCAAGGACUCUUUUAUCUUCCGAUGGCCAGAAAGGAUGGUUUUCUUUUACACUUUUGAAAAAAUUCCCGUGAUACCAGCCAUGGGAGCCCCAAACAAUGCAUGGGGACAAAAAAGAAAAAGUCGCGGAACCAGACCGUGCAUGCCUCUCAGGCCAGCCAGUGGAUUCAUUUAUACCCCAAAGGACUAUUACUAUCCAAGGAUCUGCCCGCAAAGAACCAGCCACGGACUCUUUGCUCAUACCACACUUGCUUCACACUCGUUCUCGAGUGUGGACUGCUACCC